AUGUCGGACGACGAGGAGGCCCAGUAUGAGGAAAACCAAGGGGAGGAAGAGGAAGAGGCGGCAGAGGAAGAGGUGGUAGAUGGAGAUGGUGACGAGCAUGAAGAAGAUGCCAAGAGGAAAUCAAGGCCUGGUUUUGUUUCCUGCAUGUCAGUCCCCAAAAUCCCCGACGGCGAAAAAGUGGACUUUGACGACAUCCACCGCAAGCGGAUGGAAAAAGAUUUGACUGAGCUCCAGACGCUGAUCGAGGAUCACUUUGAGAAGCGCAAGAAGGAAGAAGAGGAGCUCCUCAGCCUCACCGACCGCAUCGAGAAGCGGCGAUCAGAGAGGGCUGAGCAGAUGAAGAUCAGAGCAGAGAGGGAAAAAGAGCGGCAAAACAAAAUGGCCGAGGAGAAAGCAAGGAAGGAAGAGGAAGAGGCCAAGAAGAAAGCUGACGACGAAGCCAGGAAAAAGUUGAUCUUGAGCAACUUGAGCUUCACCGGCUAUAAAACACAGACUGGAACUAAGCGACAGACUGAACGCGAGAAGAAGAGAAAGAUCCUCAACGACCGCCGCAAGGACUUAAACAUCGAUAACAUGAGGGAGGACAAACUCAGGGAAAAGGCUAAUGAGCUUAUGGAUUGGAUGCGGCAGCUGGAGGCCGAGAAAUUUGAGCUUCAGUACAAAUACAUGAAGCAGAAAUAUGAGGUGACCGUGCUGAGGAACCGCGUCACAGACCACCAAAAAGUUUCAAAGGGAACGAGAAGCAAACGAGGCCUGAGGAAGUAA